CUGAAGCAACAUCGUGGAAGUUGCGCCGGCAGGCGCCUUGGACGGGGUCAGAGUCCACGUGAAAACACGAGAAAAAAACAAAAAAGAGAAGACUUGAGGGGCAUGUCAAGUGUCAAGCAAGCAACCCACCCAGUGUCAAUCAGAUAUUAUUAUAUAAACCAAGAGAGCCAGAACCAUGACAGGAAGCCAUAAUUUGGACAAAGCUUGUAACACAUUGGUCCAUAAUUUGAGUGCCGUCAUCAGAGCCCAGAAACGAUGGCGCAUGGCAAUCUGUUCCAUCCGGUUCAUGGUCUCUCUUGCCAGACUUAUCAUUUCCAAAAGAAACAGCUGCCAAAAUUCUGGGAUCUUUAAGCCCCACUUUCUCACCACCCUCGAUAUUGAACCAAGCAGCAGCUUCCACCAUGGUGAAAAUCAAACUGUGGUGCCUUGCUCCUUUGUUCCCUGUAAGGAUCAAACAGCUCUCACAGAAAUGGUGAAGGAGAAAGAUUUACUUGCUCUCCGCAACUUUGGAGGCGUACAAGGCAUUGCCACUACUCUCAAGACAGACCCUGAGAAUGGAAUCCAUAGCCAUGAUCAGGAAGUCAGCAGGCGGCGUGAAAUGUUUGGUGCAAACACUUACCGCAAGCUCCCUCCAAAAGGGUUGUUAUUUUUUGUGGUCGAUGCUUUCAAGGAUACCACCAUUCUCAUCCUACUGGUCUGCGCUGCCCUUUCUCUUGGUUUUGGCAUCAAAGAACAUGGGGCCAAGGAAGGCUGGUACGAGGGGGGAAGCAUCUUCGUAGCAGUCUUUCUGGUUGUGGUUGUCUCUGCCCUCAGUAACUUCAGACAGGGGAGGCAGUUCGACAAGUUAUCAAAACUGAGCAAGGAUAUCAAAGUUGAUGUUCUUAGAGACGGUCGCCGCCUCAAAAUCUCCAUCUUCGACGUUGUAGUUGGAGAUGUCGUCUUUCUAAACAUGGGUGACCAGGUUCCUGCUGAUGGAUUGUUUUUAAACGGGCAUUCAUUGCAGAUAGACGAGUCAAGCAUGACAGGAGAGAGUGAUCAUGUGGAAGUAGAUUCCACUGAGAAUCCCUUCUUGUUCUCCGGAUCAAAGGUGUCGGACGGGUAUGCUCAAAUGCUCGUUACAUCGGUGGGAAUGAACACUGCAUGGGGCGAAAUGAUGAGCUCAAUAACCGGUGAUUCCAGUGAAAUAACACCACUGCAAGCACGGCUUAACAAAUUAACCUCUUCUAUUGGAAAGAUAGGCCUUGCAGUUGCUUUCCUAGUUCUUCUAGUCCUGUUAAUUCGUUAUUUUACAGGGAACACAGAAGAUAGCAAUGGGAUGAGAGAGUAUUAUGCUGGCCAAACAAGUUUAGAUGAUGUGUUCAAUGCAGUCCUACGCAUUGUUUCUGCUGCAGUCACCAUCGUGGUGGUGGCUAUCCCUGAAGGCCUGCCAUUGGCGGUGACGCUCACACUUGCUUAUUCCAUGAAGAGAAUGAUGGCUGAUCAGGCAAUGGUCAGAAAACUUUCCGCUUGUGAGACAAUGGGCUCAGCAACAAUAAUCUGCACGGAUAAAACUGGCACCUUGACAUUGAAUGAGAUGAAAAAGACCAAAUUUUGGCUUGGCCAAGAAUCCAUUGAAGACGAUUCUUCGAAUGUAAUUCCACCAAACGUUCUCACCUUAUUCCACCAAGGAGUUGGUUUGAACACGACUGGAACUAUCUAUAAACCUGCAUCAGGAUCCGAACCUGAAAUUUCUGGUAGUCCAACUGAGAAAGCAAUUCUCUCUUGGGCUGUUUCGCAAUUGGGUAUGGACAUGGAAAAGCUAAAGCAAGGUUCCACGCUUCUCCACGUUGACACCUUCAACUCUGAGAAGAAGCGGAGUGGGGUUGCAAUAAGGAAAAAGGCUGACAACACAAUCCAUGUGCACUGGAAAGGUGCUGCUGAGCUAAUCCUAGCAAUGUGUUCAAGCUAUUAUGAAACUAGUGGGAGUACCAAGUCCCUCGAUAAAGAUAGGGACAAGAUUGAGAAAAUAAUCCAAGGCAUGGCAGCGAGUAGCCUCCGGUGCAUUGCUUUUGCUCAUAAGCAAAUAUCAGAAGAAGAAAUGGAAUGCCACAAUGCUGAAAGGACUCUCCAACUAAAAGAAAACGACUUAACCUGGCUAGGGGUAGUUGGUCUCAAGGAUCCAUGCCGGCCGGGCGCCAAGAAAGCUGUGGAAACUUGCAGAAACGCUGGAGUGGAAGUCAUAAUGAUCACUGGAGACAACGUUUUUACAGCAAAAGCUAUAGCUACAGAAUGCAGUAUUCUAGAUCCCAAUCAACAAGUAAGUGGUGAACAAGUGGUAAAUGGUGUUGAGUUUCGAAACUACACGCACGAAGAGAGAAUGGAGAAAGUCGAGAAGAUCCGGGUGAUGGCAAGGUCAUCUCCAUUUGACAAGCUUCUGAUGGUACAAUGCUUGAAACAGAAAGGCCAUGUGGUUGCUGUUACUGGAGAUGGCACGAACGAUGCACCUGCAUUAAAAGAAGCUGAUAUAGGACUUUCCAUGGGCAUUCAAGGCACUGAAGUGGCCAAAGAGAGCUCCGAUAUCAUCAUCUUGGAUGAUAACUUCGCUUCUGUUGCCACCGUUUUAAGGUGGGGACGAUGUGUUUAUAACAAUAUCCAGAAAUUCAUCCAGUUUCAAUUAACAGUGAAUGUUGCAGCUCUUGUAAUCAACUUUGUUGCAGCGGUUUCUGCUGGAGAGGUUCCGCUCACAGCUGUCCAGUUGUUAUGGGUAAAUCUCAUCAUGGACACGCUGGGAGCUCUAGCCCUCGCUACAGAGAGGCCUACUGAUGAGCUUAUGCAGAGGUCUCCUGUGGGUCGAACAGAGCCUCUAAUAACAAGUAUUAUGUGGAGGAACCUCUUAGCUCAGGCCUUGUUCCAGAUAUCUGUCCUCUUGACUUUACAGUUCAAGGGUGAGUCUCUCUUCAAUGUUAGUGGGGAGAUAAAUGAUACACUAAUUUUCAAUACGUUUGUUCUCUGCCAAGUGUUUAAUGAGUUCAAUUCAAGAAGCAUGGAGAAGAAGAAUGUUUUCAAAGGACUUCAUAAGAACCGAUUAUUUAUCGGAAUUGUAGGAAUUACAAUUAUGCUUCAGGCCAUAAUGGUGGAAUUUUUAAACAAGUUUGCAGAUACAGAGAGAUUGAAUGGGUUGCAGUGGGGAGUUUGCAUUGCAAUUGCAUCUGUAUCAUGGCCACUCGGUUGGAUAGUGAAGUUUAUCCCUGUUUCAGAUAAACUAUUCCUCAAUUGCCCUAAGAGCGCAAAAGUGAUGUUCUUGAGGAUUAUGAGGCUGUUUAACCGAAUAAAACCCUCUUCCUCUAGGCUUGGAAUUGGAUGUGGGAAUGCAAGGCCUUAGAACAUUCCGAGCAGCUUCCCUAUAACUUUUUCCAUUCCCUACAUAUGGGAAACAUGUCAACCACAAAAAACCCACAAAAACCCAC